GAACUGUAUGAUAACGCGCAGUGACAAUAACUAUUACGGAUCGGCACCAACCGAUGUGAAACGUUUCACCUUGCUUGAAUUCUGCCUCUCCAUGUCUUCUAAAUAAUUUAUUUAUCGUUAUCAUUAUUGAUUUUAUAUAAUCCGCAGUUGUAAACCGAACAUUUUGUUUAGACAUCUGUCUCUAUAGAAAUAUUGUUACAGCAGUUUCCACUCCGGUUUUACGACUGAAUGAGUUCUUUAUAAAGUUUCGAGAUUUCGCAAACUAAGUUGUAGACGCAGGAAAAAAAUUUAACACAAUAAUAUCAGAUAUUUAAUAAAAAAAAAAAAAUCAUUUAAAUACAAUUGAAUCUGUAGUAAAUAUCCAAAAUGAAAGAAAUGCUUGGUGGAUGCAGCGUAUGUUGUGAUGACACGGGAUGGACUGAAAACCCCUUGGUGUAUUGUGAUGGACCUAAUUGUAACGUUGCUGUACAUCAAGCUUGUUAUGGAAUUCGAAUUGUACCCAAAGGAGAAUGGUUUUGCAGGAAAUGUGAAGCAUUUAAAGAAAAAUCUAUUAAAGUGAAAUGUGAACUAUGUCCAUCUAAAGAUGGUGCCCUAAAACCUACUGAAAAUGGGAACUGGGCUCAUGUUGUUUGCGCAUUGUAUAUACCAGAAGUUACAUUUAUGGAUGUUACUACUAUGGAACCAGUAAAAUUGGGUGCAAUACCCAAAGACCGCUUUAACAGAUUGUGUUAUAUAUGUGAAGAAAAAAAUAAAGGACCUAAAUCAACAACAUAUGGAGCAUGUAUGCCAUGUAAUAAAUCUGGUUGCAAAUUAGUAUUUCAUGUGACAUGUGCUCAAAGUGCUGGUUUAUUGUGUGAAGAAGCAGGAAAUUACUACGAUAAUGUUAAAUAUGUUGGUUAUUGUAAGCAUCAUUAUUCUAAGUUGAAAAAAAGCAACAAUGUUAAACCUAUCGCUCCAUAUCGCCCUCAAAAUCAAUCAGAAAAUUCAUCAUCAGAUAAUACUCCAGAAAAACUACUAUCUUUAAAUACAGAUUUGGACCCUCAAACUUCAAAACCAAAACGAAAAUUAACUAUUAUUAAUAAUUUAGGUGAUAAAAUUACUAAUGAUAAAAAAAACAAAGAUUCAGAAAAUCAAAACAUACCAAGUGAUGAUCAUAAAAAAUCAGGUCAUCAUAUUGUAACUACCAAUCAGUCUGGGAAUUUAGUUAUUUCAAUUGGGACUAAAGUUGAAAAUAAAUCAUCAACUAGUAAGAAACAGGGUCUAGAAGAUUCUGAAACUGAAAAGAAACAAACUACUAAAUAUCAGAAAACAAAGAAUGCAAUGAAUACCACUAAGGCAGACAAUGAUCAACUUUCUAAUGGAAUAAAAAUAACUGAAGAAACAAACUUGUAUCGUAUUGAAAAUAAAAAUACAAAUAUGAAAUCAAGUGGAUCUACUGUUAAUUUAACCAAGAUUCCUGAAUCAAAUACAUUAAAAAAAGAAACCAGCAUUAUUAGUACUCCUUCACAUAAUAAACAAGUUUUAAAAGCAGAAGGUCCUGAUAGAAAAGUUACAAACGUCCCUCACAUGUUGGGAAAUACAUUAAAUCCAACAUCCAGUGCGGCACAAAAAAUGGAAAAUAAUUUAAAUGAAGAAAUGGAAACACAUAGAAUGUAUAAUAGUGAACAAAAUUCAUCAGCCAAUGCACAAAAACAUGUUUUACAGCGACGAAAUCAAAAACCAACACAAAACCAUUUGGAAACACCUCAUCCUCAAGGACCUUCUGCGUGGCCUUCAUUUUCGAAUGGAAUUAAUAUUAAUAAUAAUAACACUCAUGCUUUAGAAGAUUUGCUUGAAAGACAAUGGGAACAAGGUGGAGCAUUUUUAAUGGAGCAAGCUCAACACUUUGACAUUGCCUCGUUGUUAACAUGUUUGUAUCAAUUGAAAAGUGAAAAUGUGACCUUGGAAGAUGAAUUAGCAAAUUAUACAAGACGUCGUGAUCACUUAUUAGCUGUUAAUGCACGUCUAGCAAUUCCACUUACACCUCAAAAUAAUCGAAACCAAACACCCGUACCUCUUACUAAUAAUCAUACAGAUGGUCCUAUUCCUAUUCAACCGCCAAGAUCAAAUUAUCAGUCUAAUCAUAGGAAUAUUGAUUCUUCAAUGCAGCAUAGAUACCAAAACCAUUCAAUGGCAAACAGACAUCCAGCUCAUCAUAUAUCAAAUAAUAUACCCUCCCAAGUAGUUAUAAGAGGAGGUAUCCAAGAGCCAAGACCAGACAACCGAAGACAAGUCAACCAAAAUAUGGGCGCUUUGAAUCCUAAUACUAUGUUCCAGGGUUCUGCACAACAACCUUCUAACAUGACUUUGCCACGCCAUCAGAUGGAUGGUCAACCAAAACAUAGUUGAGAACACGUUAAUUGCUCAUGUACUGAAUGUACUUCACUUCUAGCUGAAUACAUCUGGAAACAAAUUACUUAAAAUUUUACUUAUCUUAUUCAAAUUCAGUAAAAGAAUAUUCUGGAAGGAUAUUUUUUAUUUUUAUUACGUCAAUUGUUGGAACUUUAGAACAAAAUUGAGCAUCUUAACAUUAGUUAAUUAAAAUCCUUAACCGUAGAUUUCUUACAGUACUAAAUACAAUACAUUUUUCAUUAUUUUUA